AUGUUGAUGAAACACAUCGCAAAAGAGAUGGAAAUUCAAUACGAUAAGAUGUACCUCUGGUCUGACUCCAAAGUCGCUUUACAAUGGAUCAAAAGCAAUGCAAGGCUUCCAAUUUUCAUCCAAAAUCGAGUUCUCUGUAUCAAGAAUAAUGCUCCAAGAGCUAUUCUACGCCACGUCCCCUCUGCAUUCAACCCUGCUGAUGUGGGAAGCAGAGGUUCAUCUAUUGAAGAUCUUCUAGGCAACGAGCUGUGGUGGAACGGACCACCCUUCUUGAAGCAAAACGAUCAGCAUUGGCCUGAAGACAAAAAAAACCAUCACACUGGAAUCGCUCAGACACUUACCACUCUUCGAGAACAUGUAUGGAUUCCUCAAGGAAGAGCCGAAGUGAAGCGAAUCAUCAACAAAUUAUGCAUGUAUUGCAAAAGAGAAAAAGCACCACCGUUCCGCCUACCACCCUUCCCAGACCACCCCCAAGAAAGAGUGAAACAACCACAUUAUCCGUUUUACAACUGUGCUAUCGACUAUGCCGGCCCAUUUAAAGCCACAAUCAACGAAGAAGAAGUAAAGGUGUGGAUUGCUCUUUUCACAUGCAUCAACACACGUGCUAUCCACGUCGACGCAGCAAAAAGUCUCAGCGCAAAUUGUUUCCUUCAAAUUCUUCGAAGAUUUAUAUCAACUCAUGGAUGCCCCCAUUGGAUCCUCUCAGAUAAUGCUUCGGCUUUCACAUCAGUAGCCAACACAAUUCAAACCAUUCCUAUCAACAAAAACAACGCCCUUGUCGACUACUGCUCUCAGCAUAAUAUUCAUUUCAAAUUCAUCCCUGCCUUCGCUCCAUGGCAAGGGGGCAUAUACGAAAGUAUGGUCAAAAUUUUCAAGAAAUCCCUCAAAGCAACUAUUCGAAAUCGCAAACUGGACUUCGACGAAUUUCUCACUAUGGCCAAAGAGUGCGAAGCAAUUGUCAACACCCGACCACUCACGUACGUUUACAGUGAUAUUGACUCGGGUUAUCCCCUUCGACCCAUAGACUUCCUCAGACCAUUCGCGCUUCUGGGAUCCCCAAGAAUAAAAGAAGAAGACGAAUCCGAUGAGGAGUGGAAGACUGAAGUAAGAGAUGAUGAUCUCCAGAUGCGAUGGAAGUCUACGCUAGAACUACUCAACAAGUUUUGGAAAAAAUGGCAUGAAGAGUAUUUAACAAGUAUGAGAGAACGAUUUCAACAAGAACAUAGACAACCACGCUCACUAUCAAAGGAGGUACCUGGAGAAAAUCAGAUCGUCAUAGUACACGACUCGAUGAAACAACGGGGCCAGUGGAAACUUGCAAGAAUAAUCAAAAGGUCCGAUCAUUGCGCCACUCUCAAACUAGCUGAUGGACAAACAAUAACACGCCCCUUCAACCUCCUCUAUCCAUUAGAAAUACCAGCUUGCGAAAUGGAUCUAGAAAAUGAUGGAGAAGAAAGAACAAUGCUGAGAGACACUAUGUCGAACAUGAAGCAACAAGAUCCCAAAACGGAACAGAACAAGAAGCAACAAGUUUCUAAGAAGACAGCCCAACGAACGCAUCCUAUGAUAACAAGAAGCCUCAAAAGAAACGUCGUAUAA